GUUCGUUGCUGGCAACCUCCAGCUCCCUAAUUCCUUCCUUCUACAUACUCGCCGCCAUUGUUUCGCUGUAUAUUUCUUUUGUUCCACGUUCUUUCGCUUGUCGUUCCUUCUCUUAUUAAACAGGACACGAGUCCUCUACCCCCGUACCAAGCAUACCCUAGACGGGCCACUUGGCGAUCUGGCCCGCCAUUGACGGCAUUGAUUUGCGAUAUCCUUGAAACCCACCUCUUUCGUACCCACCAUGGCGAACCGUCAGAUUACUCGACGCAUUCUCAUCAGUACCGCGAUUGCCGUCUUCCUGCUCUUUGUUUUCUUUAUCCGACCUGAAGGACCGCCGAGUCCCGCGAUCCGUGCCCCCGGUCACCUGGAGAAGUCUACGCAGGCCGUGGUCUCCAAAGAUGACCUCACCAAGGGCGAUGUUGUAAUGCCCCGGCUGGGGAAUGCAACCGCGAAAGCCGAAUUGGGUCGUGCGACAUGGAAGUACUUCCACACCAUGCUAGCUCGAUACCCCGAGGACCCGACGGAGGAGCAGCAGGAAACUCUUCGCUCCUUCAUCUACCUUUUUGCGCGACUCUAUCCAUGUGGGGAGUGCGCUUCUCACUUCCAGGGUCAUCUGAAAAAGUACCCGCCGCAAGUUUCGUCGCGCAACGCGGCUGCAGGAUGGGGCUGCUUUAUCCACAACGAAGUGAACACCAUGCUCGAAAAGCCGAUCUUCGACUGCAAUAAUAUUGGGGACUUUUACGACUGCGGCUGCGCCGAGGAUGAGGAGGGCGAGGGUGAUGAAACUUCGAAAGAUAAGAAGAGUCAGAGCGCUGCUCGAGACGAGGUUGAUAGCGAUGAUGCCGUUUCGCCCGUUGAGAUAUCCAGGGAGCCGUUAGUUACGUCCUUUGAUUACCACGGGAGCGAAGAUACUGAUCAGACGAUCUAGGACUACGCGGGGUUGAACAGGACCGCAGAACUUUGGUAUCUAAUCCGUGCACCUGGUUGCGUUUAUACCCAGUAAUUGUUCUUGCAUGCUCUACCAACGCAGGAUCGCUGGGUGC